AUGGUGGACGAUUGGACUAUGCAGAAAGAAAAAAAAAUUCGCUGGAUUAUGAAGAAAUACGCGACAAUGUCGACACGCGUGACAGUGCUUACUUUCAUUAUGGUGGCCAUCAUAUUGGGUGUUUAUAUCGCUAUGGCGAUAUCAGCAGUUACCACAAAAAGGCAACAUCCUGAUAACGAGAUCAAUGUAAGCGUGAGCGAUGAAGCAGAAAGUCAGUCCUGUGUGUUUCGGAGCGAGUCGUCGCAUCAGGCGUUUAUGGUCAUUCAGGCAAUGCAGAUGUUCACCACUUGUAUAAUAACUUUUGGUACCACUAGUUUCUUCUUCGGACUGGCUAUGCACCUCUGCGCCCAAUUUGACGCGUUGAGUAUCAAACUAACCGAAUUCCGAGUCAGUAACGCUCAUCGCGUGAUAUCUGAAGCAGUCCAAAGGCAUUGUCAGCUUAUCCGGCUAGCCGAGUGUAUGGAGGAGUCAUUUAAUGCGAACGUUUUGAUGUACUUGUUCGUUACCAGUUUUCUCAUGUGUAUAGAUGGUAAUAUGCCUUGA